CGAGAGGUUCGCCUGCAUACCGUCAAAACGUCCAGCCGCUGCUCCACACCGUCCAUUACAGCUACCACUGCAGUCUUCGCACCGACUCUAGUACAGGAGUUCAGCGCCGCCGACGUGCACUAUAUGGGCAUGGCGCUCGAUGAGGCGCGCGCCGCAGCAGCCGAGGGCGAAGUUCCCGUGGGUGCGGUCCUGGUGCAUGGCGACCGCAUUCUGGCACGCGGCCACAAUCGGGUUCACAGGCUUCGUAGCCCCGUGGCGCACGCCGAGAUGCUGUGCAUAACGGCCGGGGCAAGCAAAUUGAGUUCCUGGCGGUUGCUGGGCGCCACUCUGUACGCCACUUUGGAACCUUGCCCCAUGUGUGCAGGAGCAAUCUUACAGGCUCGUAUAGCGCGAGUGGUGUACGGGUGCAAGGCUCGGCACCGGGCCGAAGCCACGCACGCAGCGGAACCCAGUCUCGGCAUCAGCAGCGCCACCCGGAGCACACCACGCCCGGCCGAUCCUCGGGCCCCGUCUUACACACACGCAAGUGACAGGGCGGGUACUGACCCUCUGAUUGCAAUCAGGGGUUUAGCAAUCUGA